AUGUCGAAAAGCCAAAGCACUAAACGAGACGGCGCGUCGCUCAGCUCGCCCGGCAAUUAUGUCGUGGCCUCCUCGGAAUCUGUCAAGCAACUUGAAACGAAACAGGUUGCAAUGACGGUGGGUAACCCGCUGGGCGUCCUGCUUGUAUGGCUGCUCACGAUGUUACAGAUCGACUGCACAUUCGUCGAAUCAGCUGUUCGAUUUGAAGCAACUCAAACAUUCCAGCAAGCUCUGUUCGACUGGCAGAAACACCAUCAGGCGAGCGCCACGGACGACUUGGAAAGAUGUCCCCAGACCGAAGACGGCCAUACGUUGGAGGCAAUCUGCCGGCAAUAUGGGCACACUAAACAGGCUCAAGCAUCGCCAUUGGAGAGAUGGGCCACUCUGACGAACUCAAAUGCUGAAUUCCCACUCCAUGCCAAGAUAUGUAUGGAAAGCGUUGGCGUGGCCAUCGGGUCUCUGGAAUCCGUGGAGAUGCGAGCUCGCGCUGCUAAAGCGAUUACUUCCGGCAUCUAA